CGUACUGACUGAACUGUGAUACCUAGAAUUUCUGUCUACGUACCCAGAACUAGGAGGUGUCAGAAUAGAAAUGUGGCCUACUUCGUGCGGGCUAACCUGCAAAUCCGGGGAUUGACUUUCCCCCAUAGCCCCAUCAUUGUCACGAAAAGACAUACCGGGAACUGUUCCCAGAAAAACACAAUAAAUAAACGCAAAGUAUUUCGAACUUUCAAAAAAUACUUUAUUCCUCUGCACUGAAGCCGAACCGUAAAUUUGAAAUCCUCCCCCACACAAACAAAAUUAUUACGUCAUUUAAUCAGAAAAACUUCAAGAAUGCAAUAUUCUAUAAAAAUAUCAAUAAAAACACUGUGAAAAACUUCCUAUUACUUUGAGAAAAUUAAUUCGCGAAAAAAUUCAAUAUGGCGGCCAAUUAAAAAUUUUCCUUUUUCCUGAAAAUAAUUAAACCCAAAGACAAAAGACAAUUAAUUUUAAAAAAUUUGUAAUUAAUAGAUUAGCAGAUGCGUUCAAAUGCUCGCAGCGCCAUUGUAGUGAUUUUUACCGAGUAUUUAGAUUGUAAUUAAGGGGUACUUACGGUUUAUCUACUUGGUAGUUUCACUGCUUCUGGCCUUCUUUUUGUUCAGAUGCAAGAGUGCGGGCUUCGCCUUCCAGAAUCGUCUGCUGUCGUUUUGUUCCCAUGUGACGCUCCUCGUCCAAUGGGUUUUGCACAUACAGCUAUUGAUUGUAUGAAUGGUGGAAGACCUGGAAAGAGUCUAACGUUAAUCUGCAAAAUAACCGGUACUAUAGUUAGUGGAUUCCGAUGGCUCCGACCUAAUGGUGGAUCAACACAACUGAUCAUACUGUGCAACACUGCAAAUACGGUAUGUGAUCCAUCUGGGGGCAUAACUGGAUACACUGAUACUAUUGUAUCACUAUCACAACAUGAUCUAACCAUUCACUCUUUUAGUAAUGAAGUAGAUGUUGGAGAAUGGAUUUGUCGUGAUGGACCAGUUGGAGCUGGUCCAUUUUCAUGCAACAUGACUCUCAACACUCCUCCAGAUCCCAACCCAGAGAGUCAGGUUUCGGAAUCCACCAUUAUCAUACUACUAGUAGUGAUAGGUGUUCUACUGGUCGUCACUGUUGCAAUAUCGUGGUUGUGUUACAAGAGAAGGAAGCGAGGACCGAAAUCUGAGCAAGAGAAAGCUGAACAGAGAAGUCAAGAGGAAGGAGAUGAGAGAGGCGAAGUUGACAAAGCAGCUGUCGAACCGAAAUAUUAAUUAGUUAUAAAUGUGCUUACAAGUGAAUGCUCGGAUCAGUCGAGUUCACCAAUCAUUGGCCAAUUGAAACAGUUAACCAAUUAAAUCAUAAGAGUAUAAUCUUGCAUCACUUUAACAAAUUGACAGAGCAUAAUUAGCAUCAUGUUAUUUCUCUUCCAGUUCUGUGUUGGUGGAUGUAUUAGUUAUUUAAUUGAUUUUUUGAAAAGUUAUUUUACUCUUUAUUCGAAGGCUGGUAAUGACGUAUUUACGUAAUACAGACCAGGUGUUGAAAUAAUAUGUAUACGUUCAGGGGCCAAUCAGUCUGCAGGAUGAGUCAAGUUAGGGACCACUUAGGAACCAGUAUUUCCAUAUUCAAAAGCAAACAUCUAAAUUGUUCCCAUGUGUAUAUAACGAUUCUUAAUUUUCAUAUUUCUUGUUCGUCGAAAACACCGAUCUCUUAUAUUCGACUAGUUUUCAUUUACCAUAGUUAGACGCCCAAUAGCCGAUGUAUUUUUCGUGCUGGACUGUCGUUAAACGUCUAUUCUAUUCUAUUCUAUUCUAUUCUAUUUGACUGGUUUUCUUUACUGUGUUUAGGUGUGAUACAAGGGAUCCAUAUAUUUCAUUUUUCAAAUAAUAAACUGCUUGUAUCGUGCAUUUUCUUUGUUUUGUUACACUAUA